AUGCUGGAGAACGGCUCCCUGAGGAACUGCUGUGACCCGGGCGGGCGCGGCCGCCUCGGCCUGGCGGAGCGGGAGGCGGCGGCGGCGGGCGCCCCGCGGCCCGCCUGGGUGGUGCCGGUGCUGUCCAGCGUGCUGAUCUUCACCACCGUGGUGGACAUCCUGGGCAACCUGCUGGUCAUCCUCUCCGUCUUCAAGAACCGCAAGCUUCGGAACUCAGGUAAUGCAUUUGUGGUGAGCCUAGCUUUGGCUGAUCUGGCAGUGGCCUUGUAUCCAUACCCACUGGUGCUCUUAGCUAUUUUCCACAAUGGAUGGACACUGGGUGAAACACACUGCAAAGCGAGUGGCUUUGUGAUGGGACUAAGUGUAAUAGGCUCUAUUUUCAACAUCACUGCAAUUGCAAUAAACAGAUAUUGCUACAUAUGUCAUAGUUUUGCCUAUGACAAAGUGUACAGCUGUUGGAAUACAAUGUUGUAUGUCUCCUUAGUCUGGAUAUUAACAGUAAUUGCAAUUGUGCCAAAUUUUUUUGUUGGCUCUUUGAAGUAUGAUCCACGCAUCUAUUCAUGCACGUUUGUCCAGACUGCAAGCUCCUACUAUACAAUAGCUGUUGUGGUCAUUCACUUCAUCGUCCCCAUCACCAUUGUCAGCUUCUGCUACCUUCGAAUUUGGGUUUUAGUGCUUCAAGUUCGAAGACGAGUCAAGUCAGAAACAAAGCCAAGAUUGAAGCCAAGUGACUUCAGAAACUUUCUUACCAUGUUUGUUGUUUUUGUGAUUUUUGCCUUUUGCUGGGCACCUCUGAACUUCAUUGGACUGGCUGUAGCCAUUGAUCCUACGGAAAUGGCACCAAAAGUUCCUGAAUGGCUAUUCAUUGUAAGUUACUUAAUGGCCUAUUUCAACAGCUGCCUUAAUGCAAUAAUAUACGGUCUUCUUAACCAGAAUUUUCGGAAUGAAUAUAAACGAAUUUUAAUGUCACUGUGGAUGCCAAGGCUUUUCUUCCAGGACACAUCCAAAGGAGGAACUGAUGGCCAGAAGAGCAAGCCUUCUCCUGCUUUAAACAACAAUAACCAAAUGAAAACUGAAACCUUGUAAGUGUGUAAUAGUCAAUGCAAGAGUUUGUCGUGGACAAAACCAAGAUCAUAGUUGUAACGUUAAGGGUUUUGGGAGUUUCCACUUGAAUCACACUUUAUGACUGGAAUACUGUCUUCAUAGUAAAGCACAUUGCUCUGGAUUCGUGAUUUAUACAAGAUAUAUAUGAUAUGGAAAUGUGUUUCAGAAUUAAAGCAGCAGGUGGGUGCAAGCUGUUUUAGUUCUGAGAGCUGAAUCCUGCUUCCAGACAUAUGAAUGAGGUAUUUUUUUACUUCAGCAGGAGCUUUGCAUUCUUUAUACAAGAGCAGGAUUCAUUUCCUAGAAGAUGUCCAUGUGUACAGCAGCUCAUCAAGGCUCUGGAGUGGUACUUUCCUCCCUUCUGUAUCUGCACAGAGGGUGAGACAGACACUCUAUUUUCCACAUAUAAGCCAAGCAUUGCAUUUCUGCAUGUGUACUGGUGACAAUAAUGGUGUCUUUGAAUCCAAUUUGUAAACUAGAGAGAAGAAUAUUUGUGUAAAAGCAAAUAUUAACAUUAGAGACUUUCCUCACAGGUUUUUCAUAUUCACAUACUUUGAGAAUGGGAAUACAGUGUGUCUACUCUGUUCAUCUUUUGUGGUUAAUUUUAUGGUAGAUAGUGUAAUUGGUUGAUUUUUCACAGAUCUACCUUACACUGUAUUCUUCCUUUAGAAAAGAUUGAAUUUUCAUUGAAGUUCAUUAAUUUACCAAAAUAUCUAUAUAAAAUGUCUUUUGAUGCACUUUAGCACACCUUACACAGUUGCAACAGACUGGAAAUUAUAACACGUGACCUAUGAUCAUUUGGAGUAGCAACUGGACACUGGACAGGAUAUCUUAGAUCAUCUCAAAUGAUGCUAGACCAAAAGAAAAUGCCCUUUUGACUAUAAUGAUAGCUGAUAUACUUGACUCAUAUGUCUACAUCUAAUCUCGAACAAGAUCCACUGCUGAUGUCUAACCUACAACAGCCUUCAAAGUUCCCUAUAGCUGAGAUAAGUUUCCUUCCAUCUCUGAGGAUUAACACACAUCCAAGGAUAAGUUUCAUUGCUUUGUGGAGGUGCUGGUCUCCUUUCACUGACUUUAAAAGCAGCUUUGAUUACUAGUCCAAACACCUACUUUUGGGUAGCUGGAGAGGGAUUUAUCUUCCUUAAUUUGGGAUGAACCCAGUGUAGAUGUUUGCAUACAAUCCAUUUUCUAAAUACUCACAGUAGUCCUUAAAGUUCUGGGAAAUUAUUCCUUUCCUUUUGAAACAGAUAUCUUUAUUGAUCAGGGGAGCUGAUCUGCAGAACCCAGUAGCUGUACUUGCACUGACUGCAACAAAGAUCAGGUAGCUCUCACACACACAUUUCAGGCAAAGAUGGGUCAUCUUAAUUCCAUAAAUAGUUUACCUACACUUCAUAUUUGCAGCUCAUAAAAUAAAAAUAUUUUUUUCCACUUUAUUUUUAAACUCAGCUCAAAUUCCAACUGGAUUUCUACUUUUCCAGGUAACACAUUGUAACAGUGACUGUGCAGAUCAGAUUACAAUUUGUGUUAUAUUCUAGACCAUUACAGUAAUUUACACAAUGUGAUUGUACUGUCUCUAAAUCAGCCUAGGGAUCUGUGCACAAGCACACAGUCAAUGAACUUAUCGUUAGGCUUCAAAUGAACAUUAUUCUUAGCAUUUCUUAGCAGGGAAGAGGAGCUAGGUCUCUGGAAAAUCCAUGUCAGGUUUGAAAUGGGACAGUGAGGAAUUCAGGUUGCUAUUACAUUCCAGUCUGGGUUUCCUGACCUGGCUAUUAUGAAAAAAUAUUUAUGUAGUAAUAUUAAUUUGUACAACAAAUAUAAUCCUUCUGAGACCAUAAAGAUUAUGUUGCUUAGAGUGAUAGAAAAAUAGCAAAGAACCACAGUAUUUUAUAUGUUCUAAUUGCUUGCCAAAAAACACUGUGAAGUACAGCAAAGUAACAAAUGUGAUUGUUAUUUUAUCUGCUUUCAUGUUCUUCACAUGAUUUCUGAUAAUCUCAGAAGUUCAGUACCCUCAGACUCAUACAGUAGUAGGCUGAUAAGAAGCUGAUGAAGAGAUGGGACAAAUAUAACCUCGUGGCAGAAAAUAAAAAGAUUGUGGGUAAAAGCAGCAACCAUUAAUAAGUAGUUUUUACUUGAAACACAAUUUUGUAAGUCUGAAACAAUUUUGAUACGUAUUGUCUUUCUUCAUGACUUCCACAGCAAUAUACAUGUAUAUCUAUGUGUGAAAUUUCCCCCAGAGUAAAUAAGGAGUUUCAAGAGUCUGAAACUUGUGGGAAAGAACACAACAUUUGAUUCCUGACAAUCCUGUUUUUUCUGACUUCUCUGAGUACUCGAAAUUGUGACUUCAAAGUUAAAAUUGUCUGGCUUAUAGGUGAAUUAUAAUUAGAAGUAAAUUGAUAGACCUUGGUUUAUAUCUCGCUGGAAUGAGUCAGAAUAGAGUACAAAAAUUAUUGGUUUAGCUCCAUAAAAUGAAUUUAAAUGAUGGAACCAUUUCUUUGGCCAUAAAAAUGAGCUGCUAUCACUCUCAAUACUCGUGAGAAGACUUGAAAUUUGUAUGAACUAAUUUUUCAAAUUAUAUCUGCUGUUUAAAAAUUAAAUAUCACUUUCAGAAUCCUUGUUCUGAUGUGUUCCCAACUAUCCUAAAUGCAGUUCACACAAGUAAAUGAAUAGAAUCACUGAGUCAUGGAAUGUCCUGGGAUGAAGGGUCUAGAAAGAUCAUCUCAUUUCAACCACUCUGACCCAGUCAGGGACAGGGACCCUUUCCACUAGACCAGGCUGCUCAAAGCCCCAUCCAACCUGAACUCAAACACUCCCAGGGAUGGAGCAUCCACAACUUCUCCAGGUCAUAUGUUUCACCACUGUCACAGAGAGAAGUGUUCCAAAAUUGAAUCCUUCCUCACAAGGAAUGGAAAAUUUUUGGAACAGUACUAAAUGAUUAGAUGUGGAUUUUACCACCACAACAUUACCUGAAAGGAGCCCUGCACUGCAUGGUGGUUGCAAAGUCAGCUUUGUUGUUAUUGUUCCAGGUACUGGUAUGGACAAUAACUCACACCUGUUAAAAUAAGUAUUAUACCACAUAUUACUACGAAGAGUUGCAUUUGAGUAGACCUGGAAAUAAAUCAAAUCCAUAAAAUUUAAUUUUUCCCUUCAGUAAAUCAAAUGCAUAAAAAUAAUAUUUAGAUGACUAAAUCCAGCUCUCAGUGGUGAAAAGUCUUUGUGCAGUAAUGUAUAUUUCUACCUACAUCAGAAGUCUUAAAUUAAUUUUCUCCUUUCUUACUUUAAUUCAAAAUCCAUUUCCCCAAAUUUAAGUUUGAAGGAAAACUUUACAAAUGCACUGUCAAGAGGGUUGAUAUGGUUACAGCAUGAUUUGAAAGUAUAGUCAGGAAGAACAUAUCAACUCUGAACAGAUUUAUGCAUUUUUGAGGAAAUUAUUACUUUUUUUAUAUAAAAGUAUUUACACCAGCAUAUCUGAUAUAGGCACUUUAAGAAAAAAGAGGGAAAAAGUCAGGUUGACCCUACGUCCUGCACAAGGUAACUAGUGAGGGAAAAACUAAGGCCUCAGGGAAAAAGUCUGUUUCCAGAAAUGUAGAGUGUUUUCAAACUUUCAGUGUUACCUUGAUUAAAAAGUGUUGUAUUUUCUGUUAAUUGAAAGAAGUAAAUGUGUUCUACAACUGUUCUUACAGUAGAUUUCAGAUUAGAAAAAAGCUUACUCUUGCAUAGAGGGGUGAAGACCAGUUGUAAAUUCUGUUUCAGUAAAGAGAGAAGUGGAGGUGUGGUAAAGCCUAAAUGAGACUGAAACAAUGCAUUAGUCUUACCCUGUCUCUCUGUGCAAAUAAAGAUGUCACUCUCAAGGAAGAAUUAAAACUAAAGGCACAGUCCUAUUACUGUUGACUUUGAUGAGAUUUCUCACUAAAUUAUUGACUGAAUGGAAUAAUUCUGCCUGGCUCACUCUCAGGGGCAGAAAUGUGUUUCUGUGUGUCCACUUCUUCCUUUAAGAACAUACUUACAUAAAAAUUAGUGCUUUCAUUUCCCAAUUGUAUUUUAAUGAAUUGCACCGGUCUGGGAAUUUGCCAAUGAAUAAACAUAUAUGGAAGAUUGUA